CUUAGUACCGUAACAAUUAUUUAUUUUACUGGCAACAUUGGAUUUCAGUAAAUGGAAGUUGUUAUUUUAUGUAGGUAAAAUAAAUACAUAAUCGUCCUUCAGAGACUUGAUUUUCUAGUGAGAUGUUCACAAUUUUUUACCGUACGAAUGUGUAUAGAAAUGAAUUUACAGACCUUAUUUCAAGAUUUUAAUCCCAGCAAGUUCGUAGUUCACAGUUGUUUGUUGGUGUUUACGGCGUUAUUAGCGUUGAAGUUAGACAAUUCGAUAUCAUGGUCGUACUGGGCCGUAUUUACACCAAUAUGGGUGUGGAAAUUCAUGGUAGUUCUUGGUGCCACUGUAGGCACAUACGUCUGGUGGCAGUACCCUCACUUCAGGCUAGAAGGUGAAGCGUACAUACAUUACAAAGCAAUGUUAAUAAGUCUUGCCAUACAUUUAAUAUUGCUCAUGUUUGAGUUGUUAGUAUGCGACCAGUUGACAACAAGUCGCCAUGUUUGGAUACUAGUCUUUAUACCGUUGAUUUUUAUAAGCAUAGUCUCCAUUGCUAUCUGUAUAUGGUCCGUGAAACAUGAUCGCAGUUAUGAGUUGGAACUUUUUUGUGCUGUAAAUAUUCUCCAAUUUAUAUUUCUUGCCCUGAAGCUGGAUGAUUUUAUAAACUGGUCUUGGGAAGUUGUUUUUGUGCCACUAUGGAUUCUUAUGUGCCUCAGCUUAGUAGGUGAGUGGGUGUUGUACAGCAUUAUUUUUGCCGGCAUUUUGUUGAGAACUCCGGAAGUUAACAUACAGCAAAGACGCACAAGCUUCAACUCUGCACUAGCUUACACCUUCACAGUCAUACCAAUAUUGGUAUUCCAGGUGCUUUUGACAAAUAAAUUGGAUGACGGAUUGGGCCUCACCUACACUGUUGUAGUGAGUCCGCUAUUCGUCAGCUAUGCAACACUUAUUAUAAUGUCGUUUAGUUCUAAAGGAGGAAAUAAAUGGUGGUUCGGUAUCCGAAAAGAUUUUUGCCAGUUCCUUUUAUCGGUGUUUCCGCUCCUACAAGAAUACGCAAACAUUGCUUACAAUAACAAUGUAAACCGCGGCUCAAACGGCAUCCCCAACGAUCCUCCAGUCAACCAGGAGCCCUACAGAGACGAGGAAACACAUAAAAAAGUGAAGGACAGCAAAAAAUCCUCCAAGAAUCAAAAGAAAAAUGAAAUAAUGAAGCCAGUAGUGCCUAUAACUAGUAUAGAUAUGCCAGAUUGACGUGUUUAUACGUCUCUUAUAUGGUUUGGCAGUUGUGUGUUCACUUAGAUUGUCUUAUGUAAAAAACGGGCUUUUAAAACGCAACAGAGCAAUAUGAAACAAAUUGUUAAGUUUGAUAUUAGCACUAAGCUAUGUCCUGUGUGUAGAUAAUUAUAGGGGAAGAUAUUAAUAAUUAACAUUAUUUUUUAUUGUUAUAUAUGGGAUUAGACUAAUUUUUAUUAUGUACAGUUUAUUUGUUGCAAUGUUCGAGCGGUAUAGUUAAUGUGUACAAUGUCUUUAACAUUGUUAAAAUGUUUGGCAAUUGUUUAUGUGAAAACAUAACACUAGAUGUAGUUUGUUGCCAGACUUUAUAAAACAACUUAUGUUAUUCAGAAGGGAAUAAGUCAUCUCGACUAAGACGAUUGGGUUUCGAGUCGUGAAACGUCUGGUGAUCUUUAUUUUAUAUAAUCUUGCAAGGUUUGAGAGGAUACAAGUGAUAUGGACAUCAAAGCAUAAUCCCAAAAAAGCCACGGCAUACAUAAUAUUUUGUAGCAUAUUAAUUACGUUACUCCAAUUUAUUAGCGGGCUAAGCGGUGAUGACUCGGCAAGAAAGAAAGUUGCUUGUUACAAGGUUUUUCUUCAUUCACUUUAAAAAAAAUAUAUUUCUGUCGAUACUGUCCCGAGUUUUAAAGAUUUGAUGUAGAGUGCGUUCGGCUAAUUUCGGACGGUUUUUCGGUGUGUUGCGAAAAUAUUUCUUGUCUUAUAAAAUAUUUAAGCGAUACCAACAUUUUAUACAUGAAACUGGUUAUUAUUAAUGCUACUUUAUGUGAUAAUUUAAUCAUCUUCCAAUGUGUGCUCUCUGUGUAAGCUUAAAAAAGAUGAUAAUAUCUGUAUAGAAAUUUAAAACUCUUAGAAAAGAUCGAACCUUCGCGGUGUAAGUUCGGACUCCGUUCUAAUAACGCUUCUAAUGCUAGUAUGAUAAGGUCCACAAAAUCAAACAGAAGUCUCAAAAAUGUUAAGAAGAGCGAAAUCCACCUUUUUUGUUUCAAUGCACAUAGCGCACCCGUUCUUGGUCGGAUCAUCAACUGUGGUGGUAUAUAGGAUGAGGCGUAAAGAGACAGCGUAGCCGCCUACAUAGCUUAAACUCAAAAAUAACCAUAAAUUAGUGGUAUUUUUUCGUUAUACGAUCUUACCCCGUAUCCGAUCUUACCCGAACGCACCUUAUUAAAAAACUAGCGCUACCUUCGAUUCUAUAUGUUAAUGCGAUAACAUUUGUAUUUUGUAACAAAAUACAAUGCCGACGUCUGCUGCCGGAACUAUAGUGUGUGCUUUGUCCCUAAAAACAAUAUAUAAAGAAAGAGCAAGCUGCUCAUUGUCUUUAAACAGAUAAGCAUGUUUACAAUGUCAUGAAUGCAUUAUUUGAUUGUCGUUACAAAUGAUUCAGGAGGCUAAUCUAACAUACGGUUGCGGGGUUAUAAAACUGUUAAUAAAUUAACAUUAGUAUUAGCGCAUUUGAUAAACAUGCUUUGUUUUACAAGUAUCUAUUAGUUUUCGAUUGAAGUGAAAUGCUUUAGAUUUAAAUUACCUUGGAUUUAUUUUGAUAGUUGAAUUGUUUAUAUCUGGUGCUAUUAAUCAGUAUAUUUUGCGGUAUAUGCCGUAAGGUUCUUUUCAAAUACCAUUUUAAGUAAAAUUUUAACAAUGAAAUAAAAUAUAAUGUUGUUCAUAUCAAGUAAAGCAAUCUAGUGGCGUGAUGAAUUUUAUUUUGCAUUCAGUAUUGGACUUAUACAUCUGUGUGUAGAUUUUGUAAACGAUCUCUAGAGAAAUUUUCUAAUAACGAUAAAUUUUAAAUCGCUUAUGAAUUAGAGACUUUCUAUACACGUAAUGAAAUAUGUUGUAAUAAAAUGUUUUCCUGUUAAGGUUAAUUAUAACAUUCGAUCAUAAUUUUGAAACUUUUAUUAAGUUUACAUUCGAGUCGAAACGGAUUAUAUUAAAUGGAAUAUGUUUUUUGUCAUUCAUUUUACGCGAAGUGAUCCGUAAGUCCGAGUGCAUAUUACUAUGAAUAAGUAACAAUACUUUUAUGCUAACUCGUAGUAAUUUUAUAAAUAUUACCAAUUUCGGUCUGUUCACGUACAUCUAAUAUGAUUUAGGUCAAUGCCACUGCGUUAUUCGUGCAUGGUACAAAAAAUCGUACCAUAACAUUGCCAUAGUAAUAACAUCGAUCGCGUGUUCAAUGACAAUAUAUUAUACUGUCUUCUAUGUGAUAUACAUGUUUGUAUUUUAUAUAUAGCGUCAUAAUGGCGCCAAAUUGCACGCGUUUUAUAAGAUAAAUAACUUAGAAAUCAAAUAUGGCACGCUUUGUUUUAGACAAUGCUUGGUUACAAAGGUAUUAUUGUGCUUGAUAUAUCAUUUUAUUUAUUGGGUGCUUAAAUAGUGCUCUUUUAGGUAAUUAGUGAAUUUUUAAGUUAAAUGUAAUAUCGGAUAUAUGCGGAACAUUUUAAAAAUCGGAAAAAUAUUACUGGAUUGUUGAGCGUAUCUUUAAAAAAUCAUAAUAUUUUGUCUUUUUUCUUACACUUUCAAUCUCUGUAAUAGGUGAAAUUUUAUUCUAUUUUCUCUAUUAACCAUAAUGCAUCCUAACAGUAUUGUUACUUAUAAAAUGGGAACUUCCUAGAGAAGCGAUGCUAUUGUGUUACUGUGAUAUAGUUCUUCCUACGAUGUCCCACACCUACCUGAUUUGUUAACAAUAUGUUGUUUAUGUUAUUUGCUCCGAAUUAAAAUGUCACCUGUACAUAUA